UUUUAUUUGUGUAUUCUUGUGAUUGGGAUCGAGAUACAAAAAAUUCUCAGCAACAUAAACAUAACGUCACUUCCACCACAUCGAAAGCAUGGCACUCUCACAAGUAUUAGCAAAGAAGAAAAGAAAACUAGCCGAUAUGAAUGCAGAUGAGUUCAUGUCUGGCAUAGGUUCCGAAAGCCAAGCUACAGUUGGAAAUACAAAUAUAAAAAAGAAAGCAUCAAAGAAAAGUAAGGCCAAGAAAUUGCCUGCCAAAACAGCAAAAAUGGAGGACAAGUUGAAAGCUCAAGACCCUGAAUUCUAUGAGUUUCUAAAAAAUGAAGAUCAGAGUUUGCUAAACUUUGAUGAAAGUGAUGAUGAGUUUGAUGAUGGUGAUGAUGAUGAUCUAAGUGAUGAUUCUUCAGGUGAUGAAAAACAAACUAAAACUCUAUCUAUGAAGGGUAUGAAAGGGAAAAUAGUGAUAGGGAAGAAGAAAGGCACAGGGGAAGAAGACCUGGAUGAUAUUUUGUCUACAAGUGAAGAUGAAGACGAGGAUGAGGAGGAAGAGGGGUCUGAUGCAGAGACAGGUGGGAAGUUCCAUAAGCUUCCAUCAAAAUUAGAGAUUGCAAGUGAUGAAGAAGAUGAGGAGGACGAUAUGGAACAAGAGGAAAGAGAUCACGUAUCAGGAACAGGAAAGGCUAAAGGGACACUUGUGACCAACAAAAUGAUCUCUCACUGGAACAAGGCACUGGCGGAGAAGCCAUCUUCCAGUCUAAUAAAAGAUGUUGUGUGUGCGUUUAAAGCAGCAGUCAAACGUGCAGGUCAUGAAACAGAGGUCAAUAAGUACAGGGUAGAGGGCAGCACAGCAUUCAAUGGCAUAGUGCGACUCUGCCUAGCACACAUGUCUCCUGCACUUCACAAAGUGGCUGGUGUGCCUCAGACCACUGACCUACAAAAAGCUGUAUUACCCAACCAACAGAGCAAGAAAUGGAAGGCAGUCAAGCUGGAUACCAAGACCUACCUGGCCCACCUGUUACAUUUACUGGGUGAGAUGUCGGAGUCCACCAUGUUGAAUGUCAUCCUGAAGCAUAUACACAGACUGGUGACCUUCUAUUCCACGUUUCCUAAACUGACAAAGCUGAUGAUGAAGAGAAUGAUAUCUCUGUGGAGUAAAGGGGAGGAGACUGCCAGAGUGUUAGCCUUCUUAUGUUUAAACAAACUGGUGCUAGUUUCACAGAAAACCCUCCUGGAACCUUGUAUGAAGCAAAUGUACAUGUCCUACGUGAAGAACACCAAGUUUACAUCACCAACCACCAUUCCUCUGAUCAACUUCAUGCAGAUGUCGUUGGUAGAGAUCUUUGCAGUCGACUUUGUGCAAGCCUACCAGCAUGCCUUCAUCUACAUCAGGCAGCUGGCCAUACAUUUACGGAAUGCUAUCACAGUCAAGAAAAAGGAGAAUUGUCAAGCGGUGUAUAACUGGCAAUUUAUUCGGUGCUUGGAGUUCUGGGUCCGAUUACUGAGUAGCAGUCACCCCAGUGAGGCCCUGAGGCCUCUGAUUUAUCCUCUAACCCAGACUAUCCUAGGGACCAUAAAAUUGAUUCCGACAGCUCGGUAUUACCCUCUGCGAUUUCAUCUGAUAAAAGCCUUAAAUCGACUUUCCCAAGCCACAGACACCUAUGUACCGGUUCUGCCCCUGAUUCUGGAGGUUUUUGAGCAAACGGACUUCAAUAAGCGUCACAAGACUGUCAGCUUAAAACCUUUCAACUUCGCAUGUAUGCUCAAAUUCUCAAAGGCACAACUACAAGAAAAAGCAUUUAAAGACGGCUUGAUUGAUCAGCUGUAUGAAGUCCUUCUGGACCAGUUACAUAUUCAUGCCAGCUCCAUCGGGUUUCCAGAAUUAGUUCUCCCAGGGAUAAUUCAGUUGAGAGAUUUUAUGAAGAAAUGUAAAAUUGCAAACUAUUGCAAGCAAAUUAAACAAAUUGUUGAAAAAGUGGAUGACAACACAAAAUUCAUCAACAACAGACGGAAGUCCACCAAUAUAAAACUGUCAGACACAAAGGCUGUGGAAGCAUGGGAGAGAGAAUGCAAGGAAGCUGGAACUCCACUGGGCAAAUUCUACAGCAGUUGGAGGAAGCUAAGAGACCGAGAAUUACAGCACCAGAUAGCCCAGAAAGACCUGAUUGUUGGGGUGGAUGAAAUGCCUAGGAUUGAGAGAGAUAAGGGCCCUGUUAAAGCAACAGAUGAAGACAAGAAAGAAUUCAGUGCCUUGUUUGAUGAAGAGUCUGACAGUGAUGAUGAGACAAGGUUUCUACCAAAGAACGAAAGACCUGCUAAAAGACCAGAGACCAGCAAACCUGGAGACGGCUCAGAUGACAGUGAGGACUACAGUGACUUUGAUAGUGAUGAGCUUGAGAUACUAGCAAGAUCUGGAGAUGAAGAAUCUGCAAGCGAAGAAUCUGCAGAUGAUGAUUCAGUGGAUGAUGAUGAGGAGGAGGAGGAAGGGGAUGGAAGCAAUGAUGGUAGUGAAGAAGAUGACAUUGAUGAAAAGGAAGAUAUUGUCAAAAAUUUUGAGCUGUCAGAUUCUGAUUGAUGUAUCAAUGAUUUAAUUCAUAAGAGAAUAAAAGCAUAGCU